UGACUGGAGUGGAGGGGCUCCCCAGCACCGACUCAAGGGUUCAUCCCCCAGGAGAAAAACAUACAAACUUCAGGUCGACAUGAUGGUCCUGAAAGUAGAAGAGCUGGUAACAGGGAAGAAGAAUGGCAGUGGGGAGACUGGGGAGUUCCUUCCUGAGGAUUUCAGAGAUGGACAGUAUGAAGCGGCUGUUACUUUAGAGAAACAAGAGGACCUGAAAACACUUCCAGCCCACUUUGUGAGCCUGGGGGAGCAACAGUGGAAAAUUGAGAAAGAGCGAGAGGCAGAGCUCAAGAAGAAAAAACUAGAACAAAGAUCAAAGCUUGAAAAUUUAGAAGAUCUGGAAAUCAUCAUUCAACUGAAGAAAAGGAAAAAAUACAGGAAAGCGAAAGUUCCCAUUGUGAAGGAACCAGAACCGGAAAUCAUCACAGAACCUGUGGAUGUAUCUAGGUUUCUGAAGGCUGCCCUGGAGAAUAAACUGCCAGUAGUAGAAAAAUUCUUGUCAGACAAGAACAAUCCAGAUGUCUGUGAUGAGUAUAAACGGACAGCUCUUCAUAGAGCAUGCUUAGAAGGACAUUUGGCAAUCGUGGAGAAGCUAAUGGAAGCUGGAGCCCAGAUUGAAUUCCGUGACAUGCUUGAAUCCACAGCCAUCCACUGGGCAAGCCGUGGAGGAAACCUGGAUGUCUUAAAACUGUUGCUGAACAAAGGAGCAAAAAUCAAUGCCCGGGAUAAGCUGCUCAGCACAGCACUGCACGUGGCAGUGAGGACCGGCCACUACGAGUGCGCGGAGCAUCUCAUCGCGUGUGAGGCGGACCUCAACGCCAAAGACCGGGAAGGAGAUACCCCCCUGCACGACGCCGUGAGACUGAAUCGGUACAAGCUGAUCCGACUCCUGAUCAUGUAUGGUGCCGACCUCAAUGUCAAGAACUGUGCUGGGAAGACCCCGAUGGACCUGGUGCUACACUGGCAGAACGGAACCAAAGCAAUAUUUGACAGCCUCAAAGAGAACUCCUACAAAGCCUCUCGCAUAGCGACCUUCUGAGAAAAACGACAGACUCCCCCAUCGGGGUGCUCUUCCCCGGCAAUUUGAAAGCACCGCCCCAAAGAGCCACUCGUCAUGAAAUCCUGUUUCUGUUUAUCCACCUGUGGUAAAGCUGCACCCGGUGAUGGUUUGAGAAAGCACAGGGAUAGAGAGCGUGCCGUCUCCCUUAGUGAAACUCACUCUAAUUGUAUUUAUUCUCGUUUAUUUAUUUAUUUAUUUACUUCAAGACCACUGGUAUUCAGACCCUUCCUGAUCGUCCAUUUACGAACAAGCUUAGUGUGUAUGUAAUACAUCAGAGCCUUCCUAUGGAUAGUUCUUAAGCCGUGUUAACCAGCAACGCUGCCAGCGCCUACUUAGGGGUCACCCGUAAGAUGUUUCAAGGGGUUUUUGAAAGACAAAGGGGGUUAUUGCAGCCUUCUUUUCCCCUCAGUUUUAGUGUGGGAGUGUGAGGCCAUGGAAGGCCUGCAGUGACAGGAAAGGAAGCAGAUGGAAGUGACUCUGCGAGGACAGUAAAGCCGGCCAUCUGACGCCUGGGCCUGUAUUUCUCAGCAAGUCGCGUGCUGUACGUACCAAGGUGAAGAGAAAGUGUUGAGUGUAAGUGGAGAGCAGUGCAAGGAGCGGGCCACUGGGCCAGGCAGAACUGAGUUUGCUCAAAAGAGAUGAAAAUUAACUGCGAAUUGUAAAUGUGUAAAUGUAUAUUAUGUUGUACGUACAUUUUAUAUUCAUAAUAAAAGCAAAUUCUAAACCUC